AUGAAUUUGGUUGAACUUUUAGAGACGUUGAGCAGAAACUCUUUCUUUUGGACUGAAGUGUCGGAAUGGAAAGGCAGAAUAAGUGUAGGACACUAUCUCUGGCGAACAGAAGCCCACAGUCGGACCGCCUGCUCCUAUAUCUGUCUGCAGGAUGAAUCCUGUGUUUCAUUUUUCUAUCAGAACUCCAAGCGGUUCUGUCAGGGUCAUUCUUCUGUGUUUCUGGACUUGUCUGAUGCAAUUAGUGAAAUAUCCCCCAAAACGGUGUAUUUCAAAGUGGCAUGUAUCGGCGGGCCUGCCUACAUAUAUGAGCGUAGUGCUAAUACCUGCUUCAGCAUUAAAGAAAAAAGGAGGACGUGGAAUAAUGCACAAUCUUAUUGCAUUUCCGAAAAUGCCUGGCUAUUGGAUAUGAGUGACCAUCAAAUUUUGUCUCUCCUUAUGACGAAAUUCAACAACUACCAAGACCCUUACUUUGCCUUCCUCUGGUACUGGAUUGGAUUGACUGAUAUCAAGUUCGAAGGGCACUUCAUUUGGACUCACUCAAAACAUUCGCUGAAUGGGUCAAUUUAUUGGUUACCAGGACAACCUGACAAUGCUAACGGAAUCCAGCACUGUGUCUACAUGAGGAAUGAAGGAGGACAAUUUCUAUGGGAUGACAUAGACUGUAUGGUGGGAUUCAUCGAGUUCAUUUGCCAGUCAGAUGUGAUUUAA